AUGGCACUUCUUGUUUGUAUCUCUUAUGGUAAUAAUGAUGAAGGUGAUGACGAAAUUAAUGAUGACACAGCCUUUGCGGCAUUAUAUUUAUAUUUAAAAUUCGGGAAAAAACUCGACGCUUGGGAAAAAUUAUCUGAAAAGAGAAUGUUUGAAAAUUUAUCUAGAGAAGAUGAUUUAAAUGCAAUCAAAAAACUGAAUGAUUUGUUGAUAUCUAAAAAUGACGUGAAAGAAAUAGAUGAUUUAAUUGCAAUCAAAAAACUCAAAAAUUUGUUGAAAUCUGUAAAUGACGUACAAGAAAUAACUGUAGUCAG